AUGGCUACAAAAAUGGAAGAGAUUUUAAACAUUCAAACUCCUGUCAAAUAUGACAAUUCUCUAGCACAUUAUGAGAUUCAUGCACAUCAGCCAUACGUUUCAUCAGCAUUUAAUAACAGUGAUCAGAUUCGUAUUGCAGUUCAACAUCAAGAUUUAUACAUUCUUCCCUCUAAAAGUACCUUACACGUACAGGGAAGAUUAACAAAAACUGACAAUACUGAUGUGACUAAUACAAAGCUAUUUAGUAAUGGCAUUUGUUACCUGUUUAGUGAUAUUCGAUAUGAACUUAAUGGAGUAGAGAUUGAUCGUUGUAAAAAUGUUGGUCUAACAACAACUAUGAAGUCUUUAAUUUCUCAAACACCUAAUCAAAUGAUUUAUGCUGAGAAUGCUGGUUAUAUUGACUCUGAUGAUGCUAGUAGAGUAACUAAUGAUCAUGGAUAUUUUGAUGUAAAUGUACCACUAAAUAUGAUUCUUGGAUAUGCUGAAGACUAUCGAAAGAUUGUUGUAAAUGCAAAUAAUAAACUUAUUUUAACAAGAUCUCGUACAGAUCUUAAUGCUAUAGUUAAUAUUCAAGGAUUAGAACGAGAAGAAUUCAAAAUUGUAAUAAAUAAAGUUGAAUGGAUGAUUCCAUACCUAUUUGUUGGUGAUCGACAGAAAAUUGAAUUGUUAAAAUUCACUGAAAAAGAUUCACCAAUAACAAUGAGUUUUAGAUCAUGGGAUUUGUAUGAAUAUCCUAUGAUUCCUGCUACUCAAAAACAUGUAUGGACUGUAAAAACAUCAACACAAAUUGAAAAACCUCGAUAUGUUAUCCUUGGUCUUCAAACAAAUCGAAAAGAAAAUCGACAAAACAUACCUUUCAAGAGUAUGCACCAUUGGCUGUUAUCGAUUGUUCAAAAACAAAAUGAAUUUCUAAAACAAGCAUCUGUAGAUGUUCGACUGGAAUUUGAAGCAAGUGAUAACUUUCCCGCCAAUACAGCUGCCUACUGCUUAAUUAUUCAUGACCGUAUCAUUCAGUACACACCAAUUAGCGGUAUUGUUAAAAAAGUAUCAUGA